AUGAACGAUCCAGAGUUGAUAUGGAAUACUAUUAGCAAUAAUUUUUGCUCAUUUAAAGUAAAAUGCGACAAAACCACUUUCUGCAGAAAUGAAUACAAUGUUACGGGGCUUUGUAAUCGUACAUCAUGCCCCUUAUCCAAUUUAUUAUACGCAACAGUUAUUGAGCACGAAGGUGACUGCUACUUAUAUAUGAAAACUGCUGAGAGAGCUCAUGCUCCUAGAUUUCUUUGGGAAAAAAUUAAACUGAGUAACAAUUUUUUGGUUGCAAUCUCUCAAAUAAAUGACAACUUAAAGAAUAUUUAUCCUGAGCAUCAAAUACUAAAGUGCAAACAUAGGUUAACUAGAAUCAGACAAACUCUUAUUCGUGCAAGGAAGAUGGCAUUAAUGGUAAGACCCAAACUUGUUCCAAUUAAGAAAAAAACAGAAAGAAGAGAGGCGUCAAGAGAGUACAAGGCACUUAAUGCAGCAAAGAUUGAGAAUGAAGUUGAAAACGAGUUAUUACUUAGACUUAAGGAAGGAUUAUACGGCGGAAUAUACAAUUAUCCAACUAAUAAAUAUGAGAUGGCACUCAAAAACGUUGGAAACAUUACUCAGGACGAGGAAAACGAAGAUUUUCUUGAGGAUGACUUGGUUGAAUAUAUAGAAGAUAUAGAAGAUGACUCAGAAGAUGAGCUUGACACGAUACAUAAGCAUGAGCUGGAAAAAAUUCUCUCAAAAAAGAAAAAGAUUAACCUCGAAUAUGAAAUAGAAGAGGAAAGUAGAAUUUCUAGGUAA